CAGGGGAUGAUCAAGGCAGAACUUGAAGCAUUAGAUUAAAUACACUCUCUCCUAAUUAUAUUUUUUACUAGUGUCAUUAGCUGAAGCAGUUUUAUAGUGUAGCAGUUCACUGAAUGGCAAGUGAUUUGAUCUUUAAGUCAGUUUAAUUGGAAAUGGAUCGAUACAAGCGCCAGAGUACACUCCGUUGUGACAGUGGAUUACCUAUCAAACGAGAUACACCCGUGAAACCAGCGCUGACCAGACGAGACCAGCACAGGAAACUUCUGUUCCGCAAGCAUUAUGAAGCUUUUCCAGAAGAACCUGAGAGGGAAGUCACGAAUGACUCCAAGGUCAAACCAAAGAGCCAAGUAUCUGCCAACACUGUACACCAUAAAUCUACUUUGAGCUUAAGCACUCCUGCAUUUACUGAAACUACCAGACACAAAGCAACCUUACCUGCCAUUCAGGUGACUGUAGUAGAGGCUCAUGAAGGUGAUGAAAUGUCGGUUAAAGAAGAUGAGCAAAGCUUGGCAGUGACGCCAGAAAGCUUCACAUUAUCUAGCAUGGAGACUGCCACAACUUUCAGCUCUGGUGACACAGAGGAUGAGGACUUUUUGGACUCUGCAACUUCUAACGAUAUUCCCUCUCCAGAGAUCUUCAGAAGAGAAAACAAGGUGGAAACCUUCAAUUUUUCCAUUGAGGAAGACCUGCUGGAUCUCCAUCGUCACAUAAAAAACUCCACUUUGUUGGAUGUCAGCCACGCUGAGAGCAUACACAUGCAUCAUCCCCCUAACCUUUCUACCAUCCUGGAUGCCUCCACUAUUCUUGCUGAAAAGACCUGUGAGAUCAGCAACAACAGAGAAGCCGGAUCUGCUGCUAAAGUACAAAAUGACUCAUUGAAAUCAGACAAAACCUUUAAGAGGAAAACCCCACCAAGACUCAGCUACAGAAGACCUAUCUUGUGUAAAAAGAAGGUUUCAUUCAAAAGCCCUGUAAUUACUGAGACCUUUGAUGGAAAAUGCAUACCAGCCUCAAAGUUAAUGACUCCCAGUCUCAACAAGCCAUUGCAAAUGUCCAGCCCACUUGAGGAGUUGAAGCCUGAUGCAGAGAUCAGCUCGGAAGAAGAAACAUUAGCUCUGACCAUGUUGCUAAAAAGCUGUUUAGUGCACCGAACCAUCUUUCCUGCCACAUUUGAAGCUAGAAUAAGAAAACAGAAAACUGUGGCUUUACCCCCUCAUCUGGAUUAGAUUAGUCUAAUUGUAGAAAGUCCUAUAUGAAAAUGGUCUGUAAGUACUUAAAAGAAGGAGAGAAGAAUCUAUGGAACAAACUUUAAAUAACAUUUAAGAACUAAUUAAAGAAACACGCUAGACUGGCGUUUAUGUUAAUAUGAAAAAAGUGUGUUGUGAAAUGACCACUAGAUGGCACAUAUGUAUUUACCUUUAAAAACCAUUGUCUGUCUUGUCCAUACAGUGAGCUUUUCCACCUUUAAAUAUGAUAUAUGUGUGUCUAUAUAUAUAUGUGUGUGGUUUUUACUUGUUGUGCUUGUCUAUAUUUACAUUUAUUCUCGUGACAUGUGUUACUAUAGACUUUCUAAAUGAAGAAUGAUUUAAAAGCAAAGUUUAAAUGUAUGUGUAUUUUAGGUAUACUCCAUCUAUAUUUAUGUAUAUUUGUCUUUGUCCUCAAAAUCUGCAUAUGUAUUUGAUUCAGAAAGUGUCUAAAGCAAAUAAAAAUACAUUAAAAUGCC